AUGUCCAAAACAAAUAACCAUCGCCGAUACAAUCCUCUGCUCGACGAAUGGGUAAUUGUGGCGAGUAAUCGAGUUUGUCGACCAUGGCAAGGAGCGAAAACCGAAGCACCUUCGUUCACAGCAACAACUGGAUUGAAUUCUCUUGCUCCAGGCGGUAAGAGAUUCGGUGAUGUGGUGAGUCACUCCUACGUAUACGAUUCAACAUUUGUCUUUGACAAUGAUUUCCCAAGUUUUACUGACUUUCCCAGUCAGAAUAACAAUGAAGGCACAGAACAGGACGACUUGUUCCGGGAAAUGGAAAUUCGAGGAGUAUGUCGGGUGAUCUGCUAUCAUCCGGACACAAAACAAAGUAUAGCCACAAUGUCGCUGCAAGAGGUGACCAAAGUUGUCAAAGUAUGGAUUGAACAAUUUCAAGAGUUGAAACACCGAUAUCUUUGGAUUCAGAUAUUCGAAAAUCGUGGAGCUGCUGUUGGCUGUUCGAACGCUCACCCACAUGGACAGCUAUGGGCGGGAGACUUUCUACCUAAUUUACCAUCCAGAAAAGACAAAUGUCAACGUGAUUAUUACACCCGACAUGGAGUGCCUCUACUCUUUGAUUACUUAAAAAAGGAAAAAGCUGCCAGCAGCGGGAGAAUAGUCCUGCAGAACCAGCACUGGACAGUUCUUGUGCCGUUUUGGGCCGUAUGGCCCUAUGAGACUAUGCUUCUCCCGAAUAGACAUGUGCAGCGAAUCGAUGAGUUAGAUGAGGAUGAGCAAACAUCAUUGGCUGACAUUCUUCGACGGCUUAUCAUCAAGUACGACAAUAUUUUCCAGUGUCCAUUUCCGUUCAGUAUGGGAUGGCUUGGAGCGCCUACGGGUUCGUCCCUAGCGGAAGACACGAAACAUUGGUACCUGCACGCCUCAUUUCAUCCACCACUUCUUCGAUCAGCAACUGUUCCUAAAUAUAUGGCUGGGUAUGAGGUAUUCUCCGAGCCUCAACGAGAUAUUACUCCCGAAGCGGCUGCUGCCACAAUUAGGGAACAAGCAGAAGUACAUUAUUCUCUACGUUAA